AUUUCAUGGCUAGGCACCAAUGGGGCUGAAGCAGAAGUUGUAAAUGUGACUGUUCAGUAUGGACAGUAGCAUGGGUUAAAGGCAGCUCUCUAAUUGCAUUCUGGGCUCAACAGCUGUGACCAGUUUUCAACAGGCAUUGAUUGAUUUCUUCAUUAUUUAUUACAAAUAACCACUGAGGAUGUUUAACUUGUCCUAGGAAUGUCUUUCAAAGAAAAAACCUGUCAUUGAAAAACAGUGCCUAAUUUAUACUCAACUUUUAGAACUUUCUCCAGAAAACAAACCUCACCACCCACAGAAGCUUCUUUCUGCAAACACAGUGCUCCUAUGAUUAUGUUUACCUUAAGCCGGAUGUUGCAUAGCAGGGUCAGGGCAGAGAACAAGUGCAGUUGGAAUGUGGUCGUUACUCCUCACAGGUCAAGACCCAUAAACCCCAGCCUCUGAUACCAGAUUGCUCAAGGACAGACCUCUGCUAUGGGGAAAGGAAGCAGACAGGAGAAGGCACAGGGGAGACCAAUCACUGUCUCUGUCCGAUCAGAAAGUCUAAUGCAAUGAAAUACCCAUUUUAUUUUUGUUUGCCUCAUCACAGGUCUCUGCACUAUGAAUCUGAAAAUUUUGCCUUACAAAGUAGAAAACCUGCUUUCUAGUUUGUUAAAAACCCCACACAACAUACCAGUGUUGUCAGGGAAAAAUGUCUGUUGAGUGUUCACUUGCCAGAUAUUUAAGGGAGUUCUAGUAAAUACCUGUCCUUGCUUCAAUUUGCAGACACAAUGUAUAAAUACCAUUCCUUCAGAAGUGCUCUGAAAUACUCAGCUAAUUUUUCUAGGAUUAGGAAAAAUCUUGGGCUUUGUGGUUUAUUAGCAAAAUAAAGCCAAGCACAUUAUCAGCAGACUGGAACAUACUGGGCCAUCUGAAAUAAAAUGGCUCAUGGAUCAUUUGGCAAUAUAACACUUUUCAGUCUUUUGUCUUAAAGCUGCCUGCAGGAAAACCUCUAUUUGAAAUGUUUUGUUCACAGAUUUGUGAAGCUAUAUGUUUUUAUUUAUUUUUUAAAUCUUUCCAAGCUUGAGCUGUUUGUUGAAUUCACACCAAAAAUGCACUUCCCAGCAAACUCCUUCAGAAUUAUCAUUUUAUUUUGUUCAAUUUUAUUGUGUUUUGUUCCUAAAAUAGUCCAAAAAAAGAAAUACAGAAUCCCUGUCCCUAGUCCUUGACUUCAGAGGUAGCAGCAUCUUCCACACAGCAUUAAUCUGUGAGCCUGUCCUCCAUGGCAAUUACACUGAUUUUAGGUUUUUACAUCUCAGGUUUUCUGCCUGAAAGAUAACUUGAAGCAGAGCUUUGCCUUUUAGGGAGAAAUCAGUCUGGCUUUUGUUACUGUGCCUCCUUUAUGUCUCCCUGCACUUAUGCUUUGGAGUAUCUCACUGGAUUGGUUCAAACCUUUUCCUGACACCCACAGCCUUGGGUUACCUGCAUUCUCCUCUGCUUUCUUGAUGCUCUUUGGAGUAAAAAGUCCUGGAGGACCUUAGUGAAGAAACGGAGCAGGUUGUGGAAGGCUUCUGCCUCCCACUCUCCCACCUUACUCCAAGCUUUUAUUUAUUUUUACUCAAAGGACAUUUUUCAUGAUCCAACAAGCAACAGAACAUACAGAAAUGCUAAUAGUUUCUACUUUGGCAACCUUUCUCUUGUCCCUGAAUGAAAGAAAGGGUGCCCUUUGGCCCUGGCAUCCCUCAUGAGGCUAUGCAUGGUAGGAGACUGAGGGUGUCAGGGAAAGCAGGGAGGAGCUGGUCCCGUCACCCUGUCCCCAGCUGCAGGAUACCUGGUUUGGUACUUAAGGAGGUACUUCAGAGCCUUGGAGCUCAGGGAAGUAUCAGAGACAUCACAUCAGCUCCCACCACGUGGCCCACUCUGCCCAUCGCUUCUCAAGGCUUCUAACCCUCCCUUCACAGCAGUGUGCAAUUCUAAUUAAAGAGGAAAAAAAAAAGUCAGUAUCAUCCCAGCGCACAGCCCUGAUUACCGCAUGGGCAUGCAAGGAUGUGACCCAAAGAUUACAUAAUUAGAAGGCAUUUGUUAUGCUUGCGUUUCAAAUCAGUGAUUAGCAUGUGACAGUCCCAUCCCGGGAAACGUCAAACCACCAUUACUGUUCUCUCUCCUUUCCUGCACAGUGCUAAUUCCCAACUCUGGCAACCGCCAGUGCUGAAGGAUCUUCAGACAGCCUGGGGGUUCAGACCAGCUGACCCAUCGCAGGGCUCACAUGUGGGCAGCUCUAAGCCAUGGGAUGUUCCCAGUGACCAGCCAGAACCUUCCAGAGUAAGGACAGGAGUCCCUCCGAGGACGCACACCCUAUAGCAGCCAUGGACUCAAACAAACAAGAAGGAGAGACUGAAAGUGUGCCUGUGAGUACCCCUGCAACACAGAUUUCCCAGUUGCAGGCAUUAGCCUCUGAGUUGAAGGCGGGUUUCACAGAAGCGAUGCAGGAGCUGUCACGGAUCCAGCAUGGCGAGUACGCCCUGGAGGAGAAGGUCAAGAGCUGCCGCUGUGCCAUGGAAGAGAAAGUGGCUGAGAUGAAGAAUUCCCUCAACACGUUCAAGGAGGAGCUCAGCGAUGCAAAAUCAAUGAUUGAAGAAAUCAGUGCCAAGCAGGAGGAAAUGCAACAGAAAAUUGAGCAGCUGCAGCAAGAGAAGCGGCGGGAAUCACGGAAAAUGAAAGCUAAAAGAGCACAGAAGGAUGAUCAUGGGUCACAGACGGUACCUACACCUCUCCAGGGCAGCCCAUUUCGAUCCAUUAACCUCCCAGAACCUGUGCUGAUCAAUGAAGAUUUUACAAGUCUUUUACACAAUGUGACUUAUGAAAAAGUGUCUGACACCAGGAUCAUGCCAAUGGGAGAAGGAAGCGUGAAAGUCGUAGGAGGCCCAGGAGCACCCAUAGAGACAGAUGACAGCCUGAAGCCAUCUUUGACAACAGAGGGGCAGCCGAAAGUGCAUCUGCCAUCAACAGUGUGGAAGCAGCCCAAGGACACCAAGGACUGGGGAGAUGAAUACAUUUCAAAAGAGCAACCAGAGAGAGGGAAAGACAUGGGCCAAAGCAGAUACAGCUCAGCUGACAACAUUAUAUGUGAACCCUCUUUGGCUGCCAAAAGGCAGAACAUCGCUUUGGAGCUGCUGGAGUCAGAAAGGAAAUAUGUCAUCAACCUUUCCCUAAUCCUGAAGAUCAAGGCCACGUUGCAAGGGCCAGAUGUGAAAAGGAGCACCAAAGAGAGAAGUUUCUUCCCCAACUCUUUGCGGUACCUGGUCCAGCAGCAUGUCGACCUACUUCACGCUCUGCAGGAGCGAGUCCUGAGCUGGCCACGACAAGGAAUUCUAGGAGACAUCUUCCUGAAAUUAACAAAUGACGAGAAUAACUUCUUGGACUACUACGUUGCUUACCUGAGGGACCUGCCAGAAUGCAUCUCUCUGAUCCAUGUGGUGAUCCUGAAGGAGGUAGAAGAAGAAAUCAAGUCUGAUCUCUACAUUCUGUUCUUCCAUAUAGUCCAGCGAAUCCCUGAAUACCUUAUUCAUCUACAGAAUGUCCUGAAAUUCACGGACCAAGAGCAUCCUGACUAUUACCUGCUGCUGGUGUGUGUGCAGCGCCUCCGGGUUUUCAUCUCACACUAUAGUCUCCUCUUCCAAUGCAAUGAAGACCUCCUUAUACAGAAGAGGAAAAAGCUGAAGAAGUCAUCCCUGGUGAAGCUGUACAAAGGUCUUACCUCCCAGUGUACGAGCCAAGAGGUUUCUCCAACACCCAGUGCGACAUCUAUCCGGGACAGUGGGAUCCACUCAGAAGAGACAAUACAGUCAUUCCCACCAGCACCUUCCUCUGGCACCACAACCCCGCAUUUGAUGCCCCAGAUGAAGAAACCCCAGCCAACUGUGAUGGAGAACAUCCAGGCUGUAAAGUCCCCUGACUGGGAAAUGGAAAGUAGAAAACAUGAGAGGCCAGAGAACAUCCUUGCAUCCUCCCAGCUCACAGAGCAGGAACUCAAGGCUUUGACAGCCCCUUUACAAUCCAUCCCUGAAAUGGAGUAUGAGGCACCGCCAGCUGAUGCGGUGGGAAACACCGACAGAGCCAUCAGGACCUCUGUGGAGCUGCUGCAGGAUGCGAGAAACUUUGCACCAAGCUAUGAAGAGUUUGACUACCCCGGGGAGGUUUUCACCCUGCCAGGACCCUAUGAAGAUGAUGCCUUCCAAAACAUCGCUCUCUUUGAGAAUUGCUCCCCAGCCUCUUCCGAGUCCAGCUUAGACAUUUGCUUCCUUAGGCCUGUUAACUUCACAUCAGAACCAGAGAGGACAGAUCAUGCCUUACAGCCAUUGCCUAAGAGCUGCACUCCUGUAAGCAGCAGUACUUACAAGCGUGAGAUGUUCCACAGCAAAGGCAAGCAGCUGAGCAGGUCUCUGAAGGAGCUGCCAAGGAGCGCUGAGGGUGUGAGCACCAGGCUCUACAGCACACGGAGCAGCAGCGGGAGCCGGCUGCAGCAGAAGCAGGAGAGGAAUGUCCAGCCUCACAUGAUCUCAGCCUCAUCUCGAAGCUCCCAAAGGAGCUACUUCCCCCCACAGAGAGGAGCGGGUGAAAAACAGAGCUUUUUGGAAGAGCUCCAUGCAGAAGACAACACCAGGUUCUGCCAGAAGGAUGACAAUGAGCAAACAUCCUUCAGCGACCACAACCCACGGCACGAGCCCAAGGGGGGUUUCCGGAGCUCCUUCCGCAAGCUCUUCAAAAAGAAAUAAGCAGCCCCAGGAAAGGCAGGCCACAGCCUAAGUGCAACAGUGCUUCCCCAGGUCCCCGAGGGUGGAGGCAGACAGCAAGGCCCCAAGUACCCCUUUGCUAACACAGUAGGUGGAGGGGUGGGGGAGAGAAGACUGUCACAAUUGCCUUACAAAUGCAUCCCUGCUCUUAGCACAGGGCAGGGCCAGGCUAUGGGUUGAAGUGUAGCUCAGCCAGCAGGUCCAGUAAGCACAGGAACUUGCUAGCCUUCACCCCUGCCUGACUGAACUUUCCUCAGAAAGUUUUGGAAAGCUUUGGCCAAAUCCCUGUAUCUUCUCCUCCCCCUCAUCCCCCAACGCUGCUUGAUUUGCCAUCCAUCGUCUCUUCCAAAUUCAAGCCAGGUCUAAUUUGGGCUCACCCCACAAUAGCAGGGUUACCUCUGCAGCCUUGGCAUCCUGCCCAGAAGCCUGAAAUCCCUCCUUUUCUCCACUUUCAUUCCCCCCCCCCCCCCAA